UGUUGCCGCGGAGUCUCAGUGCUGCAGUUGUUCUCUGAGUAACGGGACAGACGUGAAUUAUUCUAGCUCACAUCCGCGCAACAGCGAGGAAAUAAAAUGAAUAUUUCAAACAGCCGUGGACUAAACAGCGCUAAACUACAAUCGAGCCAUCUCUCCUAACCAGACCUGUGUUUUUAGAGCUUUGUUCUUACUUUUUUGAGGAGUUACGAGUGAGUUUUGGAAUAACUUUGUUGGAUUUCACUGUCACUACUGCAAAAAGAUAACCUUUCAGGAUGGAUGACGGACAAUGCUACUACAAUGAAACCAUAGCCUUUUUUUACAAUCGUAGUCAGAAGUACCUGGCCACAGAAUGGAACGCCGUAAGCAAGCUAGUGAUGGGACUUGGGAUUACAGUAUGUAUUUUUAUUAUGCUAGCUAACUUGCUUGUGAUGGUGGCCAUCUACAUCAACCGCCGAUUUCAUUUUCCAAUCUAUUAUCUAAUGGCUAACCUUGCAGCCGCUGACUUCUUUGCGGGACUUGCCUAUUUCUACUUGAUGUUUAACACAGGACCCAAUACGAGAAGGCUAACGGUCAGCACAUGGCUGCUUCGCCAAGGCCUCAUCGAUACGAGCCUAACAGCCUCAGUUGCCAACUUGUUAGCUAUAGCCAUUGAGCGCCACAUAACCGUGUUUCGCAUGCAGCUCCAUACCCGAAUGAGCAAUCGACGAGUAGUUGUAGUUAUCGUCAUCAUCUGGACCAUGUCUAUCAUCAUGGGCGCCAUUCCUAGCGCGGGCUGGAACUGCAUCUGUGCUAUAGAUACUUGCUCCAACAUGGCUCCCCUAUACAGCAACUCCUACUUGGGCUUCUGGGCGAUCUUCAACUUGGUGACCUUUGUGGUGAUGGUUGUUCUAUAUGCCCACAUAUUUAUGUAUGUACGUCAGCGAACCAUGAGGAUGUCUCGGCACAGCUCGGGUCAACGGAGGAACCGGGACACUAUGAUGAGCUUGCUGAAAACGGUCGUGAUUGUAUUGGGUGCUUUCAUUGUGUGCUGGACGCCCGGUUUGGUGAUUCUCCUGCUGGAUGUGGUCUGCUCCAACUGCAAUGUCCUGACCUAUGAGAAAUUCUUCCUUCUUUUAGCAGAAUUCAACUCUGCCAUGAAUCCUAUCAUAUACUCCUACCGGGACAAGGAGAUGAGUGUCACAUUCAAACAGAUCCUGUGCUGUCAGCGCCAGGAGAAUGUGAACGGCACAGCAGAGGGUUCGGACCGGUCUGCGUCCUCCAUCAACCACACGGUCCUGGGCGGCGCGCACCAUAAUGACCAUUCAGUGGUGUGAGGUUCAACACGGGAUGGGAUCUACUGAGCAUAAGUGAGAAGAGACUGUGAAAAGGGCGUUUUUUUAUCAGCAAAAGACUUGUGGUUAUGAAGUUUUCUGUGCUUUUUCUGUCUUUAUAAAGUUUUGACAUGAUAUUGAACUAUUUAAAGGCUAAUGUGGAUUUAAAUAGCCAGUUUAACACAAAUUGUAUUUGUUCCCAAAAUACCUUAAGUAUGGAAAAGUUGGAUUAGUCUUUUGGCUAGAUGUAAUUUUUUGCCAGAUUGUUGUAAAUCGAGAAGUUUUUUUUGUGUGUGUUGUACAGUGGGUGUUGAAGUGAAGGACGUAGUGAAGUGUCCAGUGAAUCUGUCUGUCAGUUUGCACUAGAAAGAAAAGUGUGCAUGUAAGGGACCACUGGGAAAUCAUUUUGAUGAACUAUGUGAAGUACUUGAUUGUUUGCUUGUUGUUUUUGGUUUCUUUUUUUCUUUCUGGUGUUUUUUUUGUUUUUGUUUUUUGCACUGCACUGCACUGCAGGUUCAUCCCUAUGAUACCAAGCUGCCACCAAAUUGAACAGCUAAAAAAAGACAACACCAUUCAAAUGUUUUUUUUUUUUUUUUUUUUUUUUUUAUGCUCACCAAAAUCAGCAUUAAUUUUAAGCAAUAAUGUUAAUGAAAUUGGGAAAUUUGGUGAAACUGUGAUGCACCAUCACACAAAAAGUAAGGUUGAUAAAAGCAAAGAGAGAGAAAUAAAUCCGUUAUACUUUAUUCAGCAAAGAUGCUGACAUUUAUAAUGAAACAACAGAUUUCUGUUUUUUAAAAUAAAUCUUGUUCU